CAAGGCUGGAAGUGGGUUAGUUGUGUGUGGAUUGAGCAGGGGAUCGCACGCCGCCGCCUACCUCUUCUCGUUCCCAACCCCACACACUACCCUGGCCGUUGUCUCACGUGGACCCCACACCACUCUCUAGUCACAAGUUUCUCCUCUAGUAUACCUCUACUGCGCCUCCCGUGAAAACUUCUACAGCCCUUCCUCUUCCUUCUGGGGCUACUUCCUCCCUCCUAGGUACUUCAGCCCACCGAAGUACUUGUCAAUCUAUCAACUUCCCGAAGUGAUGAGUCUGAGGCUUGCAAACAGGGUGACGUGUUUGUGUAUCUCUGAGAGGUGUUGAAGGCUGGAACUGGAAAGUUGUGUCCCUAGCUAGGAAGUUCCGCCUCGCCAGGAGAAAUCCCUUAAGCAGGGAUGAAACCACCCACCACCACCACGUCGAAUUGCAACAACACCCCUCCCUGCAAGAUGACCCAUUGAAAGUUAGCAGGAGAAAUUAAGGACACAAACAGCGCACACCUCACCAACAAUACCUGACGUAUUUACAACUUUGUCUUGUCAAUUUCUCUCCUCCGUUUCGUCCUUUCCCUCUUUUUAUCUCAUUUUUUUCCUGACUCGCUUGGCUUUUCAAAUUAUUUCUUAGUCUCCCAGUAACCCUGACAAAAACAAAAGCGCUGACUCAGGUGGAAGUAGGUAAACAAGAGGGAAAGUGAUGACUGAAACUAGAUACGCUGACUAAGACAGAAAUAAAACCACAUCCUCGACCACUAACGCCUCCUGUUGCUGCUGCCACAGGACUUUAUCUCUUAUUGCUACUGCCACAGGAGGCCCCGAGGACGCCACAACAACUGCAUGAGUCACGACACUGCCACUCACUUGCUGGAGGGUCGUCAUCGCCGGGAAUUCCGUGACUUUUCUUAAAAAAAAAAAGUGAGUCUGUGGCAUCAUCUUUCACAGUUUCGUGGUCAUUGUCGCUCGGUGAGGAGCUUCUGAAUGAGUGUAGUGAGCGGUUCGAAGUGCCUCUGACCCCCGUGUCCGAAACAGGUUACCAACAUAUAGUUAAGACUCACCCACCACGGGAAAUAGUGUGAAGUGUAUAUGUUCAAGGUGACAACAGCGUCACGGCACCAACAGCUGCAGCUCCGUCACACUUACGCAUCUCGUAUAGAAGCUAAGAGGCAAAUCAUAACAGAAACAGGAUUGAGUCAAGUUUCAGACUUCAGUGAAACUAGCGUGUUGCUCAUCCUUAGUGAAAGUUGAGACUCCAGCGAAAGUACUCUUGUGGUCUACCAUAAACUUAAUCUGGGGAAUUCAGGGAAAACAAAAAGAAAUUAUCACUGUCUUUCUAAGAAAUCUCUCACUCCCUUCCCAUCCUCUCUCUCUCCUGCCAGUGAAAAUCUUGGCUGGGAAGCUGGUCUUGAGGUGGGAAACCCUGGCAGCGGGUCACCCGUCUGCCCACACCGGUUCUUGCCCACAGUGGAGUCACACACCCUCACAACAGGAAGUGAAGACGAAGGUGGAACCAGGGACAGUGUUGAACCCUGGGGCACACAGAGCACGCGGGAGAGGCGGCCUUAGUGGUCACUGAUCCACUUUUUUCCUCCAUCAACGUAUCCGAGGUUAGCAGUAAGGCAUUACAAACCUGCUGCUGGACCAGUUCACAGCAACAAAAAUCGUAAGACAACGCUUUUUUUUUUUUACCUUCGGCAUUUCACACAGGAAGUAGCUUUAACGGAGGUGACUGUGGAAUGUGAGCCCUUCGGUGUGUUUCAAAGGGAAUGAACCUGUGUAAGAUAUCUUCAGUCAAAGGAUAUCUUUUUCACAGUGGUAAAAGCAGUUUUAAUAAGAGUGACACAAGUGUUGUGUACUACUGUCCUCUGAGUCUCGUUCUAAUUCGUGUGAACUUGUAGUCUAGAGUAACACCAGCCCAGAGUACUUAAUUACAGAGGUGAAAAUUAAUAACCUCGUCGCCAGUGAUUGUGUUUGUGAGUGUUGUCGCUCAGAGGCUCUAGAGAGGUGAAGGAGCUUGAGGUGAAGGUGAUGCGUGCUCUUUUGUGAUGUACUUACCGGUUGUCUUGAUGGGUGGGAGGUAGAUCAAGCAGCAAAAGUUACUUCGACGAGGCCUGUUGCUCGCUCCAACGAGACUGGACACCAUUGAAGCCAGAGAAGAAGCUGACCACAUUGCCCUGCGACACUCCAUCGGCAACCAUAACACGACCCAAGGUCUCGUUGGAGGAGGAAGAGCUACUAAUUUUCAACUCCCAAGAAGUUCCUUCAACAUUACUAACAACACUUUCUUCAACAAUGCCUCGUCUUUAAAGAUCAACGCCACCUUUUCCUCCAUCCCUAGUAACUAUAACAAAAAAUCUUGCCUCUCACCUUCCUUCUUCAAUAGCACCUUCAACGCUUCCUCCUCCUCCAACAGCACCUCCAACGGGUCCUUCUUACUCCAAGCACCAGCUCAUCUCAAUGACACAAUGAUGACAUGGAGCGUGGUGCUGAGUGUGGGCUUCUGGGUGAUGGGACUGAUGCCUGUUGAAGUGGGCCCAGCGUACCCCAACAGCGGGUUCUUGCCCGAGGUCAAUGGUGGCACUCCCGACUGUGUACAGGACCCCAGGGAUACCUUCUGCAUCCAGCCCAAGAAAUACCCUAAAGAUCGCAUCGUAUACCUACUGGAGAAUAAGAUGUUCGACGUUGACUCCUUAUUGAUGGACGAGACCAGAGACUCAUACACCUUCGAGGCGAGGGAUUCCCCAACGCCGCCGAUGACUUACGACUACGAGCCUCCCCGGCAGCCCUUCGACGGGCCCAGGCAGACCUACGGGCCCCCGAGACCGACCUACGGGCCUCCCAGACCAUCCACGGGCUACUUGCCGCCCCCACGUCAGAACUACUCGACUACGUCCAAACCUUACGUGGCGCCUUCCUACCUACCUCCACCUUCCACCAAGUACGGCGCGCCCUCUUCUGGGUUCUACAACCAGCCGGCGCCCACGAACCUCUACGAGCCGCCACCCACGCCCAUCUACGACAACGAGGGUCCCUACCCACGGUACCCGAAGUCCCCCACUGCUGGGAACUCCUACGUUCCCCGCUACUUGCCUCCGCCUCGCUCCCCUCCCAAGCCACAGCCAUGGUGGACCAAGGCCAUGAGGUCAACCCACCGCCGCCAGCGCCGCCAAGCCUCUUCCUCGGACCUCUGCCCAUAUGAGUCUGAGUUCAUCAUGCCCCGGGCAGCCCUCAACAAUAAGGGUGACUGGAUGUUCCUCGUUAACGUCAACGAAGUCUCUACCGAGUACACUCAGCUGGUCGAGAGCAAGAAGUGCAUCACCAACACCUGCACUGGGUUUUGCAGCAUCCCCGACGGGUUCACCGCAAUCUGUCAACAGCAGUACGUUCAGAAGCGACUCAUCGCUCUCGACGGAUCCGGCAUGAAGCUUGCAACGGAUACCUUUUGGUUCCCAUCUUGCUGCGUCUGCAAGAUCAGGCCCGUAUGAGGGUAAACAGAGUUCCGGAAAUUCGGCGCUACCCGCGGAAUAUCCCAGGGUCCUCUUGUUAUUUUUUAGUCAAAGCACCACUCGUCAUCGCUAUUUUAAAUGAUGAGAUAUCCGUUUUGGAUUUAUAGACAUUGGUUUUGCACGUUUUAACUCUUGGAUUCGAUUCUGGUGGACUGCCUAAUAAAGAGAAACUUGGAACUUUAGGUUUGUGCAAGUUAUGCCUCAAGUGCUCGUGUGUGCGUGUUAGUGGUUAUAAGAAAAUGGACUUACCCGCUGUUACUUAGGAUUUCAAGAAAACUGAAUAGUUUUAUGGGUAACUAUACUAGUGAGUGUUAGCAAACGAAGAGGCUCUGUGAACUGGAUAUUUUGUUUGCAGGUACAAUAGCUUUUAGUAUUGUGAUUGUUUUUACAUAGAUUGUCGUGAUGCAGUAUUUGUCUUCGUGUUGUGUGUCUUAAAAUGUUAUUAAUAAUAAUAAUGAGAGAAUCCAGACGCAGAUAUCAUGAAAUAGGUUACACUUAACUGUCCCUAUGUUUGCAAUCUUUAUCUGGCUUCUUAUUCAUUUUUUUUUUAAUUAUUUACAAGAAUCUUCAGCUGGUUUGACAAGAUUCUUUAUAUACGAAUGGCACAUUUGAAGAAUAGGCGGAUUACUUGAAGACUUGUCUUUCCCCUUGGAAAAACUAAAUACAGUUAAAAUUUUUUGUUCAACUCGAAGAACCUGGGUUCACUCUGGAGCUGGGCGAAACAUAGAGGCAACUUUUCUAAUACUUGCUGUCCCUGUGUGUAUCUAGCAGUAAAAACAUACCUAGGAGUUAGUGGGCUGUUGUGGGCCGCAUCCUGGGAAAGAACCCAAGGACUUCCCAAGGAAAGUUGCCACAAUGUUUGGCUUUUUUAAUUAUUCUGGGUUAUUAACCUUCCGGGACAACCAAACUGAUUCACGUCUUCUAUUAUAUUAUCGCACUGCACCAACAUUAACAUAACAGCGUGUCUUAAUAUCGCUAAACUUCACCUGAUAUUAAAUCAACGUAAACUGCUUAUCGUAUCUAAGGACGUGCAAAGAAGACUUACUUCGGAUUAGUAAACCCGAGGAGUUAAGUAAUCCACGAUAACCCAAGAAAGCCAAAACAACGUGGCUUGCUGUUGCGAAGCGAAAGCGUAGGAUUGGUAACUCAGGAUAACGCAAGUUAAUAAUGGGGCUUAUUUCCUUAUUUUCCAUUGGUAGGGGAAGGGCAACUUCGGGGGUGAGUGCAACAGUUUGCCCAACGAGGUAAUAUCUCUUUGUCUGUCCUCGGUGUGUAGUCAUACACGGCAUCAUAGACCAACUCUCCGUUAUGUUAGGAAGACCACUGUGUGGAGCGCUAGUUUCUUCUCUUAGUCCAUAUUAUUGUUAUUUAUGUGUUUUCAUGCUUCACUUAUUUAUGUCAUGAGUCUUAUUUUUCUAAUGAUUCUUAGUGUGUUGUGAGUGUACUUGUGCCCUUCUAGACACAAGCAGUUGUACCACUGUAGUGAUUAUUGUCAAAUAAAAAUGUUUGAAAAACUAACAAAAUAAAAUUCACGAAAUAGUCA